UACCUCGUAGAAGUUCGUUUUCUAUCUAAUGUUUAAAGUUCUAUCUAAUCAAUAUCAAAGACUUCUUACCUAGAUAGAAAAUGAGCAGUGGGAGCUUGGGAUUGCUCCUACACUGUGGUGGGUCUUUUGCAUUCGCUCCAGAUUCUCGUUUUUUCUCGGCAAGCUUGACGAGGAGCAAGAGAGGAGGAGUUCUUCGGGCAUUGAGACUCCACCAGCAAAUAGCUCAAGUUGCCGAGCAGGCCAUCGCUGAUGCCUCGUCUUCUCUCGACGGCCCAAUUGAGCUCCCCGGCGAUUUGGAGCAGCCCACCUCGCCACUCCAAAUCGCAGGUAGCGUCGUUCUCACUGGUGCCAUCUCGGUUCUUCUCCUCCGCUCGUUGAGACGACGAUACAAAGAAGCCAAAGAGAAGAAACCUUUGAAGGAACAGGCCAAGCAGAAUGCGCUCGCUAGCCUCGCCAACCAGGUAGUGGAGAAGCCACCACCAUCGUUUGAGCAGACCCUGUAUGGAGCUCUCUUGGCCGGCGCAAUAGCUUUUGUGCUCUACCAGUGCACCACGGCAGUGACCGGCUCCUUCGCUUCAAAGCCACUUCCAACAGAAUAUGCUACAAGGAACAUUGCGGUGACUGUGAGAACUAUUAUAAGUGGGAUAUGUUACCUCGCUACCUUUGUGUUCGCUGCCGACGCCAUUGGAUUGGCGCUCUAUGGUCUUCAACUCUUGGUUAAUCCUCCGCCAGCGGCACCAGAGAAAGGCACCGACGAGGAGGACGAAUCAGCUCCUAGUGAAGACAAACGAUAGCUUGAAGUAUCCCUGGAAUAAACAAAUUGUUAGCUCGCAAGAAAAA